AAUAAAUUAUUACACUUGUGUCACUAUACACCAUGGCUCAACCAUGUAUAUUCAGUAUAUAUACUAUGACACCGGACGGACGAAGUUCCUACAGUUCACUUCUACGAGUACAUCCAACGUUGAGGAAUCCACAUCUAGUAUUGACUGUGUCUGUGAGGCCAGUGAGUCUACUGUAACCAAGGCUGAUUUUAGCAUGCGGAGUUUUCUACCUGACCCUCGCCUAGACGGAGACUACUCAAGUGAUUCGGAAGAACCUUUUGAAAUAUACAUGGAUGAUCAUGCCGUCAAUCAACCAGUGGAACCUCAAGCACAUGUUUCUCAUGAAGGCCCUAGCCAGUCAGAAAGGUCACAAGAAGAAGUACAAAUUGAAGAAGAGGACAAUAAUUGGUUGUCAUCUGAUAGUGAUGACGAAGAAAAAGGAGCUACCCUGGAGGAAGUUUUUGAGAUAGAGCCUGCACUUGAGAAGACACGGGAACAACCUCCUGACCUUGAUGUUGGAGCUGAAGUAGUUGAUAUUGAAUUCCAUCCAUCUGCCCAGUUGCUGGCUGUAGCAACUCUUGACUCUGAAGUUGUUUGUUACAAAUAUACCAAGGAGAGCACAGAAGAAGUUCAUAGCUCUGAGCAUCACACAAGUUGUCUGAGAUGUGUCAAGUUCAGUAAAGAUGGAAGCUCUGUGUUUACUGCCAGCAAAGACGAAAGUGUGGCUGUGCUGGAUACAGCCACAUGGAAAGUUUUAAAACACAUUAAGAAUGCUCAUGAUUAUCCAGUUUACAGUCUCUGUGUUGUAAAUGAGAAUUUACUAGCAUCAGGCGAUGACAAUGGGAAUAUCAAACUGUGGGAUUUGAGAAAACAGAAUUCUAUUCACAAAUUUGAAUGUGGCGAGGAGACUGUAAAUGACAUGGUUGUUGAUGACAGCGGCCGAACACUCGUUGCAGCUCUGAAUGAUGGUUCAAUUGCUGCCUACAACACUUCUCGAAGGAAACUUAUUGUUCAGUCUGAAUAUCAAGAUGAAGCGCUAUCAUGUCUCGCAAUCGUCCGCAACGGCACGCGCCUGGCCGUUGGCGGCGAAAAAGGCGCCCUGUAUCUGUUCAAGUGGGGCGAGUUCGCGCUGCACCACGACAAGGUGGCCGAGCAGCGCGCCAAGCUGAACUGCAUGGUGCCAGUCGGUGACGGCAGGAUCGUCACAGGCUCCGAUGACGGCUACAUCAGAGCGGUAAACUUAUACCCACACAACUACGCGGGUGUAAUUGGUCGUCAUCAGAAGUACGGAAUUGAGAACAUCUCAGUGUCCUGUGAUCAACGCUUCUUGGCUUCCUGCUCGCUUGACGACACGGUUCAGUUUUGGGACCUGCAGCAUCUCUACAACACGCAGAAGAGGAAGAAGAGCUGCUUGGCCAGAGAUCUGAAGAAUAAUCUAGACUCAGCCCGGGAGCGGAACCCUGCGCAAUUCUUCUCUGAUAUGGCGGAAGAAGUGCCAUCGGAUGAAGAGUAUAUGGGACCAGCUGACAAGCCCAAGAAUGUCGAAUAGAAAUGAUGCCUUGACAA